UAUGGGAGUUUUUUUCACAUGUAGACAAGGAAAUGAUGGCCAGAUUCAGCCAGUUUGUGAACUCAAUUGAGCUGGUGUAUAUAGUCCUCGGAAAAUUAGUGCUUCUCGUGUGUUUAAGAAUAAAUCGUUUAUUUAAAUGAUUCAAAGCUCUUUAGAUACCAAAAAAACCGUCAUGAAUUAUUUGCUAUACACAUCUGUGUUGGUGUUCGGCGUACGAGCGUCUGCAGUGGGGUCGAACAAUAAUUAUACUCUCAGGCGACACAAGGUCCACAAUAUAGUUUUGUACCCGGACAAGCAUUCGUGGUGCACGAGCACGCCCAUUAAACAAGUCAUAUCCGACGUCGAUUGCGAUCCCGUGGAGAUUGACAACCUCGUUUGCCUGGGCGCGUGUUUCAGUUAUUCCAUACCGAGGACGGUUCCCGCCAACAACGUCGAUGAAGUCAACUCGUAUUGCGACUCGUGCCAACCCGUAAACACGCUAUGGAUUCCUCUAUGGCCGAAGGUGAAACUGAAGUGCAGCGAUGGGUCGAAUCACACGAAACGUGUACAGCUGAUCAAAGAGUGCCGGUGCUCGUCCUGUAGCCGACACUGGGAGCUGGAAAAUCCUCCAGCGGACGUCGCGGACGAGGGAACCUCCAUACAGACAUCGAGAUAUAUGCAACUGAUGAAACUUGAACAAAAUGAUAACGCCGAAAACGAAGAGUCUUCUACGGACGCGGUGUCAAGGUCGGCGGAAGACGUGCUGGACGCUGUCAACUUGACUAGGCUGGCUUACGAGAAAAACAUUUGGAUCCGAGGUCCGCAUCAUUCGAAGGUGCUAUUAAGAAAAGAAAAUAUGGUCAGCGCGCCGAACGUCGCGGCCAACGACGAUAUCACAGCCAACGACGAUAUCGCAGCCAACGAUGAUAUUUCCCAUCAAUAUUUGGGAGAAGACGUUGCAGAUAAGAAUAAUAAACUUUAACACGGAUUCUUAACUAUUUUAUAAUAUUAUAUAAUUAUAUAAUUUUUUUUACUAUAU